AUGAUACCUUUAGUUAAGAUAGCUCGACGAAACAUCUCCAAAACUCUUAAAGAACUAAACAGAACCCGCUACAACUACACCUUAUUCGGAAACCACGAGAGAAAACUAAUAUCGGAAACUCCUUUUUGCAUUAUAACCGAUUGCGCUAUAGAUUUGGAUAAGCCCCAACCAUCCGUACUGAUCAUCGGUGCUGGCAUAGCCGGAUUAUCCGCCGCUCAAAGACUAUUGCAAUGCGGCAUAUACAAUUUCAAAAUAUUGGAAGCCUCAGACAGGCUCGGGGGAAGGAUCCACUCCUGCAAGCUGGGCGAAACCGUCGCAGAAAUGGGCUGCCAGUACAUCCGGGGAGCUUGUUGCAACAACACGGUCUUCAAUUUGGCCGCUCAGGAAGGGCUGGUCAGGCAGCCGCUGGGCGAACGAAGGAAGUCGAUUUUCUACUGCACCAGCGAAGGGAAAUUCAUCAACAGCGUCGUCUCGGCGAAAGCGCACAACAUCUUCAGGAAAAUUAAGAGCGACGCGCACAAGCUGUUCAAGAACAACAAAUCGAGCAAGAAAGGAUCGCUGGAGAAGUUUUUACACUUCAAGAUUCAAGAAGAGCUUCGAAAGUUGCCCGAAGAACAACAAAGCGACGUGUCGCGAAUCCUUCACGGUUUAACCAACGAAAUAAGAUACUGCGUGGGUGAGGAUUUAGGGAUGGUCAGUACGGACAGUAUAGGAAGUGUUACAAACAUCCCCGGUGGUGAUAUAACGAUACCUAAAGGCUUCAUAGGUGUGUUGGGUCCUCUCCUGAAAUGUUUGCCGGAUGAUAGCAUACAUUUUAAAAAAGUAGUACGUCUCAUAGACUGGAACAUUAAAAAGAACAAAAGCAAAGCCACGGUUUCUUGUAUCGAUAACAGCGUAUACUCAGCAGAUUAUGUAAUACUCACCGUAUCCCUGGGCGUAUUGAAGGAACAGUUAAAAACCCUGUUUUCACCGCCGUUGCCCGAAUACAAAACGAAAGCUAUCAACUCCAUAGGAUACGGUUACGCCGACAAGAUCUUCAUGAAGUACGAUCGACCGUUCUGGGUCCCCCCGAACGGCAACUUCCGGCUGGCCUGGUCCCGCGAGGAGCUCUCCAACCGAACCGACUGGACGAAGGGCUUGAGCUCCAUACAAGAGGUGGACGGCAGCGAGAACACCUUGUGCGGCCUGAUCAGCGGCCCGGAGGCCGUCUGCAUGGAGCAUUCCACCGACGAGGAGGUGGCCUGUUGCCUGACCAAGGUGCUGCGCCAGUUCACCGGCGAUCCCUCGCUACCCUAUCCCUCCAUGUUGCUGCGGUCCAAGUGGGCGACGGAUCCCUUGUUCAGGGGGGCGUGCAGCUACUUGAACUUGCAGUCGUCGAUCGGGCUGCAGAAGGAGCUCAGCAAUCCCGUUCCGAGCGACGCCGGUCGGGCGACGCCCGUUUUGCUGUUCGCAGGAGAAGCGACGUGCGAGGGCCAUCAUUCGACCGUGCACGGGGCGAGAUUGAGCGGUAUAAGGGAGGCUGAGAGGGUUGUUAGGAUGACGAGGCGCUUCGGAGGGCCGCCGUUGGUUAACUGA